GUAAACUUCCGGUACAUAGUUCAUAAACAUGGAGAUAUAUCUCUGUAAUCAGGUUUGAGGUUAAUCCCACCAGGAGGAUGAGCUUGAAAGGGAUUCUUUUCGUAAUAUUACUAGGGUACAGCAGUACCCUAGGAGCCAUCUUUUUUAUCGGACCUUUGAUACCCCUGGUCUAUUUCCAACCUGCUCUGGGAAGACGAUUAUUGGACCAGAUGAUUUGGUUGUGGCAGGUUUACGCCGUGGCUGUGGUUGAAAAAGUCUGUGGUGUAAAUAUUGUCAUCACAGGAAAACCAAUGCCAGAGCAUGAAAGUGGACUAAUUUUAAUGAAUCACAGAACACGAUUUGAUUGGCUGUUUAUGAUGUCUUAUCAGCUACGUUGCGGUUCCCUCAGACAUUUUAAAAUCAGCCUUAAGAAAAGUCUAAAGAAUGUUCCAGGCCCAGGUUGGGCUAUGCAGAGUGCUGGUUAUAUAUUCUUACACAGAAAAUGGGAAAUUGAUCAGAGAAUCAUGACUAGAUGUAUAUCAUACUUCCACAAGGUCAAACACAAGCCACAGGUGUUGCUGUUUCCUGAGGGUACUGACCUGACAGCUAACACCAUGAAGAGGAGUGACAAGUAUGCCAAAGACAAUGACUUGGAGAAGUACCAUUAUGUUCUCCAUCCACGUACCACAGGCUUUGUCUUUCUUGUAGAGAAAAUGAGAGAAUAUAACCUACUGGACUCCGUAUUAGAUGUAGAUGUUGGAUACCCUAAAUACAUCCCACAGGGAGAGGAGGAUAUCCUCAAGGGUAACUUUCCAUCUGAGGUCCAUUUCAAUGUUAAACUAUACAGUGAUGUUGAUGUGCCACUCGACAAGGACGGCAUAGACAAAUGGUGCCGCGACCGAUGGGAGCAGAAGGAACAGAAACUGAAGGAUUAUUACCUUGGAGACCGACAAUUCCCCGGGCCCCCUGUCGAUCCUGCUAUGCAACAGAGAGAAGAUUAUGUACAGCAUCUGUUUACAUUCUCACUUGUAUUCUGGAACAUUUUCCAAGUAGCUGCCACAAUCUUUUUAAUUUAUGCCCCUGUAGUAAGGUGGUAUACCCUUCUGUGUGGCUUAGGUUUUGUUUUAGUCAGUAAGUAUGGUGGAAUGGGUAAAUUUCUCGCAAGUACUGUCACUCAAGUGGAACCGUAGUCUAGGAUCAUACUAUCGUACCUCGUAGGGUCACUUUGUUCUUAGUAGAUCUAAGGUUAUACCCAUUGGGGUGAGACAGUUCUUGGUAGGUCUAAGGUUAUUUCCAUUGGGGUGAGACAGGGAAUUUAACCUGAGGGGAAAAAAAAUUCUUCAUUUAACAAACCAGAGACUUGUUAAAUGUUUGGCAAAUUUAUAAUCUUACUCCAAGGGUGGAGAUUCCUUUGUCUCAUCCUCAAGAGGAUGAAUGAUGAUUUUUCUCUGGCCUUGGUUGCCCUUUUAUGUAUGCUAUGGUGACGUUACACCAGUACUUAAGAUAUUAUUGGCCUGACAAUGGCAUUAUUGUGGUGACAUCAUACACUUGUUCUAAUUAAGGAAUCCCCAAGUUUAAACCAUAGGGUGAGAUCAUGAAAUCAUUACAGUGAGGAUACACCUGUCCAGGGUUAGAAAUCAUUAGUGUGGAUACACCUGUCCAGGGUAAGAAAUCAUUAGUGUGGAUACACCUGUCCAGGGUUAGAAAUCAUUACAGUGAGGAUACACCUGUCCAGGGUUAGAAAUCAUUAGUGUGGAUACACCUGUCCAGGGUUAGAAAUCAUUAGUGUGGAUACACCUGUCCAGGGUAAGAAAUCAUUA